AUGAAGUUCUUCAGCUUGGCCGGUCUCCUCUUGACCGCAGUCACUGCCUCAGCACAAAACUCUAGCUGCGCGCCUUCGUCAUCCGAUGCGAACGUACUUGAGUUUGCCUGGGGUCUCUCCGACUUCAUCGGCGGUUACUACAACUCUACUGUGAACUCUACCUUCUCCUCCACCAGCAAUGCUACUAUUGCCGCCUACAAGAAGGUUCUCUACGGCGUAGAGAAGGAAAAUACCCUCGGCAGCGAAGCCAUCGAGAAGGUCGGCCAAAAGACACCCGGCUUUAGCGAGCCCGACUGCCAAUUCAAAUACCCCCAGGUCAACACCACUCAGGCUUGGGCCUUGUAUGCCUACCACUUCGAGGCGACUGUUACCGGUGCUUUCAUUGGCCUUGCCGGAUACACCCAGUCCCCCGAGGUUUCCUUCCUCUUAGCGCGUCUGGCUGCUUCCCACAGCGCCCACGCUGCUUUGAUUGGAAGCCGGGUCAACUCAACUUUCUUUGCACAGAAUGCCACUUCCCUUGUUGGAGCGUACCCACCAGCCCAGAUUCUUUCAACUCGCAACGAAACUGGUAGCCUGGGUCUUUACAUCGGCGACUGCCUCACGGCUCCCUCCAGCCCAUGUGGUUCUUUGAGAAUCGGUCCUCUUGAUGCCACACCUACUUCCUCUAUCGUUGCAGGCACUUCAUCUGCUUCCAGCUCCGCUAGCAGCUCUGCCGCCGCUAAGAGACGCCACUAA